AGGCAGACUGGCAAGCUCUGUAAGAACUGCAUAGGGAAAGCGAGACCGCUAUUCUCUCCAUGCAGUGUUGCAAUCUACUGCUUCAAGUAGUAUUUGUGCAGCGCUCAAGCCGCCAGUGCCUUUAAUUUCCAACAACUCGGGCGAGGAACCGCUGCGCGUAUUAGAGGACUCGUUCGACCUUUUUCCGUGGUUAUAAGGAGAUUUCGACACUGAUGUCAUUGGGUAAUAGAAACCUCCGGCCUUCCUAAUGGCUCCAAAUUCUGCUAACAUUGUUGGACCUAUCCCAGAGUUACUUGACAGUGGACAAUAUCAAGUCAUUUUCUGGAGUCUACUUGCCUUUGCUUGUGCCUUUUUGGUCAUGACCGUUUUCAUUUUUCUGUGCAGUAGCUGUGACGGAUCCCCAGAGAAUGAUGAUAAUCUAAUGAGCAUGCCUUCAGAGAAAGAGACCAACAGUUAUCCAUUGAGCUCUAGAAAUGAGCUGCCAGCAAAUGGUCACACCGAGAGCCUUACAAAUGGAGAUGUCCUUUCAGAUCAGAGUACAAUUGUUAAUUCUUCUGAAGAUGCAUUGCUUCCGAUUGAACCAAACCAACAAGAUGCACAGUGUAAAUCUUCAAAAUGUCCUCAGAGUAGAGAACUGCCUCAAAUACCUGGCAAUGAUUCAAUGCCAACUACAGAAUCUACAGAAGUGAAUGAAGCCAAGACAUUGCGUGGAGUGUGUAACACCUAUGAAGUGUUAAAGGACAGCUCUUUGCAGGACAUAAUCAUUGAAGACUCUCUCUAUGAAACUGUGAAAGAACUAAAAGAGGAAUCUGGCAGUGUGGUCAAUGAAAUUUAUGGUCAGGCAGAAAAUACAGAUUUGAAUAUCAUGGUACAAGAUCAAAAUCACAACAAUGCUGGUGGUACUGCAGCAUAUGCAACGGUAAGCAAGGUGAAAAUGAAUCGCAGUAUCUCAACAGAGCAGAUAUUGAUUACUGAAGAUGAUCCUCCACCAAUUCCGAUAAAGCAGCUGGAUGAAAAUGCAGAGAUUGCAGCCAUGUACUCCACUGUGAGUAAAUCAGCACAGCAGUGGCUUCAAGCAGAUGCGGAGCAGGAAGGUGGUUAUGCCUGUAUUGAUGAGGUGACCCCUCGAAAACUGCCAUCUACUCCCAACCAUCUUUAUGCAUCUGUAAGUGACUAUGAAGGAGCACCUAGAGUCACAGAGCAAACUGAAUCUGUAGAUGCUGGGGGAGAAGAUGUUGAUCCAGGUUAUGAAGCCAUCAAAGCUCUGAAAGAGGCUCUGCCGGAACAGAAAGCUGAAUCUAAUGGAAACCAGUCCACCUGCCUAGGAGAGAAUCAUUAUGAAAGCAUUUGUGAAAUGGAUCAGAAAUAAUAGACGAGGACCCUAUGGUUUAACUGCGGAAUCUCCUGCCUAUCUGCUGACACACAACUUGGGUUUUUAUUUUAAAAUCUUUUGUUGCUUGACAUAUAUUCAUUUAGGUACUUUGUAAAUAGAAUGUAAGGAGAAAUACGCUGUGACUACAUUUACUCCUAUGUAUUAAUGAAAAGGGCUUUUGAGUGGGGGCAGGGCAAAAUUAUUUUUAAGUUUAUGAAUAGAAAAUUGGCAAUUUUUGUUAUCUGGUAGUUUAUUCUCAUGCAAAAGAAAUGGAGAUUAAGCUGUGGAAAGAGCUGCAAUUAGUGCAACUGUCAUUUUCAUACACUGAGAGUAAACAUAGCACUUUGAUUUAAUUUUGUUUAGGGAACAAAGAGGGCUGGAAAUUGUUUUACUACACUUUUUUUGUGUGGGGUUAAAUCAGCACCAUGGAUCAACCAUGCUGUUUGUAAGAGAACCUUAAAGGAUAUGAUCUUCAACUGCAAUGUUCACAGAAUGCUGUUACUAAUAGAUGCUGCAAAGAUAAGAGGGGUGGCAGCAGACUGCUCCCAAAGGGUCCAAGAAAACUGGUGAAGAACAUUGCCUGAAGGAGCUGCACUCUUUGUGCAAGAGGCUUGUGGACACGGUCCAGACAGGACAUUGCUGGGAAGUCUUUUUAAAAAGUACUACUACAUGAAUGCAGUCCAUGAACAUCUGGACUUCGGAGCAGAUGCUUCAUCCCAUCUGCCCAUCCCUGUGGCAUGAAAACAAAAUAAAUGAAUUCUUCUCUCCUAAUGCAAGAGUGAGCACAAAACUGUGAAAUGUGACAGAGAUUGGCAGAAGCUGCCUAGAUUGAUCCCAAGGCAAAGAGGUUUAGAGUGGUCACGGCAUGACUUUCACCGACAAGAGCUAUCCCUGUGCAUGUAGGGCUGUGUUCAAGAUUGCAAGAAGUCAUGGAAGCCAAAGAGUGCAUUUGGUGUUGACCCUAUAAAUAGCACAGUUUCAUGGGAGAUGGGGUUAAUUAAGCUGGUUAUUCUGUGAGUAAUUAAGAACAGUUGUUUCUCAGAUCCAAUGAGGUUGAAAAUCACACUGGAGAUGAAUUUUAGGUAUUGCAUACUGUUGACAUCAUUUGGAGGGAUUACAUGCCAGAAAAAAAAUGGUGCAACUGCAAUUGAAAUUUCUGUUCAAGAAUCAGGAGUCUACUUUCCUGACCUGUAUUAAGGCACACAGAAAUGGGUGUGAUGUUAUUUUACACUGGGUUAGGCCACUUAAAAAGCACAGCAACAGAUUUUUUUUUUUGCAGCUGUACAAAGGAGUGUAUUAUCAUAAAGAAUUGAGUACAUGGUAAUGCAAAGCAUUUUUAUUGUAGCAGAAGAGCUGGUAAAUAUUGUGUGUAGAAAAAUAAUUAAGAAAUGAAUGCAUAUGAUUAACCACAUUAACUUCCCUUGUUUGGUUAUGCUCCAAAUCAAUUAGAAUUGGGUCUAAAAUCCAACGGGGCACAACUACAGUAAUUGUGUUCCUAUUGAGUUUUUCCCCAUUUUAGGCUUCACAUUAUUGAAGCAUUUUGUGAAGUAUACCUCGGUUACCUUCCUCCUGUUGAACCUUGAUCUUGCUGUAACUCUAAUAGGAAAACUACAUGUCUUCCAUUAAGUACAAAGCUUGUUUCCAAAAGAUGGCCAUAAGAAUGUGUGAAGCAUUGGACAGCUAACCUCUGGACAAGAGGCUAAUUCAACCCAUUGCACCAGAAAUGAACCUUAACUGCACUUCUCAAGUUAUAGAAAAGCACAAACUCACUGGGUCAGGUUUAUUCAGCACUGAACAUUUGUAAUGACUGGGAAGUUUUUUUUUAAAAAGAAAUGAAAUUCUCUUCUAUCUCACUGUAGUCUUCCUCUAGUUAUGUACCAGAAAUCAAACUGCCUAAUAAUUUCAGGCUUUGGUUGAGAGGUUGAAUUGCUCAUCUGCUGACAAGUUGUUCUUGUGAUGUUGUUUUAAUGGAAAUAUUUAAGAAGAAACUGUUCCACAUACUGACUUCAAGAACUGCUCACCACUGACCUUAAUUAGAAGCAAACAGUUUAUAGAACAGUUAAUUCCAGAUGAAAUUUUCCAGGAUCAAGCUCUGCAAUAGCAUUAUUCCUUAUUUGUAUGAAAAAUAUAUACACAAGUCAAUAAACAUCCUUUCCUUUUGUAGAACUGGCAAAAUACUGAAAUUUCCCUACAAUAAUUGAUUUUCAUUAUGAUGACACAAAUAAGAAUCUAUUUUGGGCACCUCAGCUUCAAAGCAUGAGGCACAAUGUAAAUGUCAUAUAACAAAAUUGUCAGCAAAAAUUAUUUUCCCUACCUUUUUGAGAGGGAAUGAAGUACUGGAUACAAAGAUUAAAUGCCAUGUUGAAUUUACAGAUAAUAAUGAACCAGCAGGGCAGUGAUACCAGAAAUUAAUUUGGAAAUGACAAAACAAGCUGGAAAAAUGUGCAGAUUGGUGGAAUAAUCAAAGAUUAAAAAAAGUAAUGUGGUAUGUUUGAAAAAUCCUUGCAUCAUAAGAAAAUUGUCAGUUGCUCACCUAUGCCACAAACAGUGUCAAAGUAGCAAAGGAAAAAGCUGAAAAAUUCCCAGAUCUGUUGUAGAUUUCACAGUGGGCAUGUCCAAUCAAGGCAGAGCAACAAAUAGCACAUUUUAACUAAUGACAACAGUUAAAUUUCUAAGAUAUAGAAAAUCAUUAUUGCACAGUAAGUAUUAGUUUAAAUUACAAGAAUGGAACUAAGAUUUUCACAUAGUGAUCAAUGUAUAGGAUAGAAUAACACAAAACUUCAAUGUGUGACCAUUAGGAUCACUCCAGGUUGUUGAAUUAAAAUGGUCUUCCUCAACCAUAUUUAUGAUUGUAACAAAAAAUGGAAUAAUGGAUUUAGAAUCUGCCAGUUCUUAUACUUUCAAUGUCCUAAAUACUCUGACUAAUUAGUUAGAAAUUCAAGCAAUUAAAAGCUGUUUAAAUACCAGUUACUGUAUAGUAUUCAAUUUUUUGGGGGGUGGUAAUGGAAAUGAAUGUGAUGCUGAGACAAUGUUGAGUAAUUCAGAUUCUCAAAAAGCUUAUGUCUGCACACCAAAGUCAGUAAUGCAUCAUGUUCCUUUUAUAGAAGUAGCACAACAAUGACAUUUUCCUACGAUCAUUUUAAUUCGUUGGCUUUCAGGGCAAAUGGAUACACAGAAAAGAAUGAGCCACAGUGUUAUGCCAUAUAUACAUGAUUUCAAUCUUUCAGUUUGAAUAUGUCUAUCAUAGUUUUUUAAAGUUGGCAUUGAUAACACAUUUAGCUGCAAUGUUUUUGAUAAAAUACAAUCACAAGAUGUACCUUAAAUAUGGAUACCACUUGGAGACUUAAGCUGUUAAUCUGAGCAGAAUCCUUUACUAAUAUUGGAAAUUUACAUUCUUCAAGUGCAGAUGUUUAUAGCACCUUGGCCAGUUGCUUUGGAUUAGUAGAUGAUUUACUACAUAGGAAAACAUGCUAGACCAGAGAAUGUGGUGAUAACGUGAAUUGGAACUGAGAUAGAUGCUGCACUUCCAACUGUAAAGGAAUUUUGUGACUGUCCACAUUUGAGUUUACCAACUACACCUGUUUUUAGCUGCAGUAUCUGUGAACCUCUGUUUGUGUUACAUGGUACAUAUUAUGUAAAGUUCAAUACCUUUUGUAUUCACUUUUAAAUAAAUCUUUUGUACUUUUUAAAUUACAGGAUAUAUAUACAUCAUUUUACUGAAGACUAAUGGAUAAAUUUCUAUUAAUUAUUUUUUAUGAAAUCUGUGUUUUACUUUUGAAGUUUAACAAAUUGUGUUUGAUAAGAUAUCAUUUUGAUGAUAAUGUGUUUUGUUGCUUUCAUUGCAAUGACGCCCUAUGAAAUUGAUUUGAUGAAUUUCAGUGUGGUUUACAUCAAUAUGAAUGUUUGAAAAUAGGUAAACCUUUUUUUAUGAAGAAGUUAAUAGCAUUAAAUAUUUUGGGCACUACUCUAUCACGUAACUCUUCAUAUUUCUUCAAUUCUGGGUAGUUUAAGAUCUGAUUUGGGAUUAAUCAGAUUGAUUUCCUAAAUCUGGAGAAGAAACUACUGUCAAGAAGUGACAAUUUAUCCACAUCACUUCCCCCAGGUUUAGAUCUGUUGCAAGUCUAAUUGUCAAAUUUUUAUUAUUGUCCCAUGAUUAGUGCUAGGAUCACAUUUUGUUCAGUGUAUGAAUUAUAUAAUUAAAGUCUAUUAUUUUGAUAUAUUUCCUAAUUUACCUCUAUUUAUAACCUUAGAAUUGUCUUGUACUUGGUGUAUUACCAUGAUCGCUUGAUUUAAAACAAAUCUGUAUGAUCUGAUAAAUUUUGUGCAAAUUUAUGGAUAACUGCUAUA